AUAUGAAAGGACCGGACGGGAAUACGGGCGAAAGCGGAACGGGGGAUGGACUCUCCCCUUCACAGAUAAUGGGAGGAGCCUAAGGAGAGCAAGUUCUUUCCUUUCGCCGCUGCGGCCGCGGCCAUGAGUAUGCUCAGGCUUCAGAAGAGGCUUGCCUCCAGUGUCCUUCGCUGUGGCAAAAAGAAGGUCUGGUUGGACCCCAAUGAGACCAAUGAAAUCGCCAAUGCCAACUCCCGCCAGCAGAUCCGGAAGCUGAUAAAAGAUGGGCUGAUCAUCCGGAAGCCUGUGACUGUCCAUUCCCGGGCUCGAUGCCGGAAAAACACCUUGGCUCGCCGGAAGGGCAGGCAUAUGGGUAUAGGUAAGCGAAAGGGUACUGCCAAUGCUCGAAUGCCCGAGAAGGUAACCUGGAUGAGGAGGAUGAGAAUUCUGCGCCGGCUGCUUAGACGAUACCGUGAAUCUAAGAAGAUUGACCGCCACAUGUAUCACAGCCUGUACCUGAAGGUGAAGGGUAACGUGUUCAAAAACAAGCGGAUCCUCAUGGAACAUAUCCACAAGCUGAAGGCAGACAAGGCUCGCAAGAAGCUUCUGGCGGACCAGGCUGAGGCCCGCAGGUCUAAGACCAAGGAAGCCCGCAAGCGCCGUGAAGAGCGGCUCCAGGCCAAGAAAGAGGAAAUCAUCAAGACUCUGUCCAAGGAGGAAGAGACCAAGAAAUAAAGUUCUCCCCCUCUUCUCUGUAUAUAGGGCCUCGGAGGCCAAUUGCAUAAAUCACUCAUUCAAUAAAAGACAAGCCUUUAUCUGCCUA